CCUACAGUUGGCAAUACUGCUAAUGAUUGGAAGGCCGCCGCGGCAGAAAAGCCGGCGAGCAGUCUGGUGACUACGUGUUGCUGUGGGCGGCAGCUCAGUACCGGCAUUUCCCGCGCGGUAGUGCCAGUAGUCAGUUGUGCCUGUAAGCUAUAGGAAUCAUGAAUUUGAGCUUGAAUUACCGUGACACGCAAUUGUUGAUCUCUGAGAUCGAAAGAUUGCCUUGCCUAUGGGACUCUUCGGCAGAAGAUUAUAAAAAUAAGAUAAAGAAGACGAAAGCCUGGAUCAAAGUUUACAUCUCACUUUGUCCUGAUUAUGAAGAUAAGACCUCUGCAGAAAAACAACAAAUAGGAAGGGAGAUCCAGAUGCGAUGGAGGAAUAUUCGGGAUUCAUUUAUGAAAGACUGCAAGAAAUUCAAGACGGAACAUAAAUCAGGAACUAGACCAGUAAAAUACCGUCGUUAUAUAUUCGCUGAUCAACUGUCAUUUUUGAAGAAAGUUGGUGUGGAAAAGAUUGCAUCAAAUGUACCUUCUACUCGUGUAGAAGAUAAGAAAGAUAAUGCAGCUGUGAAUGAAGCCACAGUCCAGCCGAAGGUGUGUUCUAAACCCAUGAAAAAAAGGAAAACAAUUUCUCUUGAGGAGAGAAUGAUAAGAUUUCUAGAAGACAAAGAAGAAGAAAAAGAUCCUGAUUAUUACUUCUUUAAGAGUAUCCUUCCGUCUGUGCGGGCUCUGCAGGAACACCAGAAACUUGAAUUUAGAAUGGAAGUACUGAAAAUACUGCACAACUUCAGUUAUUCAAAACGCCCAGAGGACCAUACAGCUCCACAAACGCUCUCAAGUGUAUUGACGCACUUGACCCAACACAAUCACUCAGCAUUCCCACGCAGUCAUUCUCGAGUGAUAUACCCCGAUAUUUCCGAUAUAUCAGUACCUUCUACAUCUGGAAAAAUUUGUAAGACACCCCCACCAUCCACACCUUCACCUGAAGUCGUGACAGUGGCGACACAUUCACCAGCAUCACACACUUCAGAUAAUAACGCUUCACCGAUGUCGAUGCAUGAUUCAUGA